UGACAACAUAGAUCAGAAGGCCAGCCUGAAGAAAUGGCAGGAAUAACACACAAAGUGACAGGAAUUAUAAUCUUAUUAGUGGGGAUAAUCUCUGCAUUCAUCAUCAUCUUCCUAGCCCGGAUGAGGCUUGAAAGCAAAAUAGACCAGUUUCCAUGUUUCCAUAUUUCCCAAUCUUCACAAUUCUUCUUCCUUGGAGCUCUCAUAUUAGCAGCAAGCGUGAUUGGAUGCGUUCUGUUUUGUUGUUAUAAGAAGGGGAUGAUCAAAUGGCUUCUCUUAGCUUACUGGGUAUCCAUGAUUCUUCUCAUCGUAUGGGUGGCCUACUUGGUUUAUUUCAUGUACAAGCUCAGCGCCAUUCAAGAUUCCGGCGCGGUGGCGACGAGCAGGACGUACUCUGAAUACCAUCUCAAUGUCGACGGCGGCGGCAUCCCCGGCUGGCUUCUCCGGCGGGUUACUGAUGGGUGGGAUAGUGUCGCAGGAUGUCUUGGCUCUUCUGAUAAGUGUGCUGUUUUGAGUCAGAAAUACCCCAUGGCUCAAGAUUUCUUCAAUGCCACUCUCACCCCCUUUCAGUCGGGAUGUUGCAAACCGCCAACACCGUGUGAGUUCCAAUUUGUGAACGCAACAAAUUGGAUAGCGGAAAUAAACCCGAGAGCAGACGCAGAUUGCACGAAAUGGAGCAAUGCCCAAGCACAACUUUGCUACACUUGUGAUUCUUGCAAAGCCGGAUUGGUUGCUACCGUUAGGAGUGCAGCAAAUGAUCCAUUCCAUCUUUUGCUUCUGGCCUUGGUGUUGCUGAUUGGUGUUAUUGUUUUAGGGGUCGUAUCUGCUUAUGUGAAGCCCAAAAAACCCAAAGCUGAGAAUGACCCUGGAAAACAAUCGAAAGACAAUGCAACUUGAAGAAUGUGGCUAGCUAUAAAUCGUACGGAGUAUCUAUUUUGAUGUAUGUGUCCCUUUUUUGGGUUGUACUUGUAUGUAACAACAAUUGGUGUAAUUGUCAUUGAGAGAAUAUAUAUGCCGUUAUGUACUAUUUUCGUGAAAUCAUUUGGAAAAACACCAUUCCGCUUAGUAGUACUACUACCACCAUCCCUAAUAAAACUUCCAAAUGAGU